AGCCGUUAAGGCUCGUCUAUCAAAAUUGACAGUCAGGUAAGCAACAUAAUCGUCAGAAUCCGAAACGAGGCUUGGAGCGCGUGACGUCACUACAUGUUAUCCCGGAAGAGCGAGUGGUAGGGUAUGUGCACGGUUGUUUUUGCAAAGGUGUGCAGCAGAGUGCUGUGUGAUCACCUGAUGACGUGUCUUACUCGCACCCUGCUUUAUUGAACUCGAGGGCUAAUGAAGUUCACAGUUACAGAGAAAUUGUGGCCAAAAGUAUGUAAAAGUGAAUUUGGUGAGCUGCAAGGUCAACAGAUGAAAUGAGCUUCAAGCUGUAUUUGAAUCCAUCAUGGCCCUCCAAAGCUUCCCUGCACACAUUUCUACUUGGGUUUACCUACGUGAGCCUUGGAUCCAGCCGUGUCCUUCUGGUGAAAUUCUCGGCUAAUGAAGACAAUAAAUACGACUAUGUCCCAGCUACAGUAAAUGUGUGUGCAGAAGCGGUGAAACUUCUCUUCUGUAUGCUAAUGGCUGCCAGAGUAAUUAUAAAAGAAAAACGGCCUUUAAGAUGCGGCACUUCUUUGAAAGAGUUUUGGCGGUACUUAAAGUGGGCUGUUCCAGCAUUUCUCUACUUCUUAGAUAACCUUAUUAUUUUUUCAAUUUUGAGCUAUUUGCAACCAGCUAUGGCUGUAUUACUGUCCAAUUUUGUCAUUAUUACAACUGCAGUUUUCUUCAGAAUAAUACUAAAACGGCAUCUUUCAUACAUACAAUGGGCGUCUCUUUUAAUCUUGUUCUUCUCAAUCAUGAGUCUAACGUCCCGAAAUGGAGCAGGUCAUGAUGGGGUAUCGGUCGAAGGAGCUCGUGUUUUCCAUGCUGUCCCAUCCAAUAGCUGUGUUUACAUGGAGAAGUCUGAAUCCCAAUCCCAGGAAGAGCAAAGUGUGUCACAAGUAUCAACUACAACCUUUAAGUACUUUCCCAUCAGCCCUGGCCACUUACUGAUUCUCUUGCAAUGCGUCAUUGCUGCUUUGGCGAAUAUCUACAAUGAAAAAAUUCUCAAGGAAGCAGACCAGAUUUCAGAGAGCAUCUUUGUGCAAAACAGCAAACUUUACGUGUUUGGAGUCUUGUUCAACGGUCUCACGUUGAUACUUCACAAUAAACACUUAGGCAAGAUAAAGUCCUGUGGAUUUUUUUAUGGCCAUAAUGGAUUUUCUAUUGCUCUUAUUUUUGCAACUGCCUUUGUUGGAUUGUCAGUUGCGUUUAUUUUAAAAUUUAGAGACAACAUGUUUCAUGUCCUCACAGCACAACUAACAACUGUGAUGAUUACCAUUGUAUCAUUUUUUGUGUUCAAUUUCAAGCCGUCCAUUGAAUUCUUUUUAGAAGCUCCUGUGGUUCUUCUCUCUAUAUAUAUUUAUAAUGCAAGUCGAACCACGGAAUCCAAAGGCCCCACGCAGAGAGUAAAACUAAAAAAGGUUAAUGGCGACGCAUGGGAAAGAUGUAGCGGAGAUGGCCAGGAGCUGGAGAAACUCACUAGUGCAAUGGAAGAUUCAGAUACAGAUGAAGAAAUUUUCUAAGGGAAAUAAA